AUGGUAGUUCAGAAACAAUGGAAACGACUAUUGUGGCUAAAGCAACCGUUUCCAGACACAUACACAGACCCAAACUUCCAUAAACAAUACAAUGAGCUAAUACUUGGGCAAGCAUCAGUACGGCCCCACUCUUCAUACAGAUCCGUUUUACUUGAUCUUUUCCAAUUUUACCACACGAUCAUCAACGCGAUGCUAUUAUACAUCAUAUUUGCAUGGUUUUAUCACUAUAAAUACAACCCCAUAUUGAUAGCUAGCUGUACGUCUCUAGUCUCAUUAAUCAUUGGUAAUCGAAGCGUACCGUGGAAGUCUAGCGUAAUCAUUAUUUUUGCGAUGUUGACUCUAUCCCCCGUGUUGAAGUCGUUAUCGAAGACAACUUCGUCAGAUUCCAUAUGGACCCUAUCCGCAUGGUUUAGCAUAUUUUACAUCAUUUCAAUUUCCACACUCGAAUCGAAAACUUUGCCAACAAACAUUCUUUUCUCUAAUGUCACUGUCUUAUCUUCAAGACUGGAGACCUCCACUCAAGUAUUCUGCUUCCUAUUGAUCUGUAUUCAAGUUAAUAUCCUAUUACCAACAAUGGAAAAGUAUCUUUUAAAACACAGAAUGAAACUGCCACAUAUGAUAUGCGUAGUAUGCACACAUGGUACAGUGUACUACUUUAUCACAAAACUACUAGGAUUUGCAAUUACCAUUCCGUUGGGCAUAUCGUCAUUGCUAUUACUAUUUGUAAUUCCACGUUAUUAUAUUAAUUGGGAACGUUAUUACCAACAAGGACAUCCCAUAUUGCAUCAGUGGGAUGCAAAAACUCCUAUUCUAGACUGA